ACCAUCACAAGAGAUAUAACCGGGGGUUAGUUGGAAUUUAUCACAGCUUCGUCUAGGAGAGCGGUGACAUCACACUGACAUCCUGACAGUCAUGUAAACCCCCUCAGGAUGAGAAAAGCAAACGCACCGGCUGAAUUUGCCUGUCGCUGACUGAUUACGUCUUUGGUACCUGCGGUGCGACUUGAGCACGGUGGAAAGGUUUGGCUUUGCUGAACACCCAAGCAGCGUUUGACUUUUGUUUCACGCCAUGUCAUCCCUUCUAAAGGUCGACAACGAGCUGAAAACCCAGGUGGAAGCAUUCAGGGAGCAGAUCACUAGUGAGGCCGAGCAUCUGGUCGCCAGCUUUUUCCCUCAAAAACUCCUAGAGCUGGAUCACUUCCUUAAGGAACCGAUUCUCAAUGUGAUUGACCUGAAGGAAAUACAUUCAGAGAUCAACUUCAAAGUCCCAGACCCGAUUCUCUUUACUAACAGCCAUGAUGGCAUGGACAUGAAUACCAAGAAGAGGAAACUAGAAGAUGGAGUCCCUGAUCAGAGCAAACAAGGGGAAACAAAAACACCGAUGAUGCCAGAGGGAAUUUUGAAAUGUAACACCAGGCUGAUGGACCUGAUCGAACGAGUCAAACCAGAGAUCAGGACGCUGAUUGAGAAGUGCAACACAGUUAAGAUGUGGGUCCAGCUGCUCAUUCCAAGAAUAGAAGAUGGAAACAACUUUGGUGUCUCCAUACAGGAGGAGACAGUGGCAGAACUGAGGACAGUAGAGUCAGAGGCGGUGUCUUACCUGGACCAAAUCUCAAGAUAUUACAUCACCAGAGCCAAGCUUGUCUCCAAAAUCACCAAGUACCCUCACGUGGAGGACUAUAGAAGGACAGUGUCUGAGAUUGACGAGAAGGAGUACAUCAGUUUGAAGAUUAUUGUUUCAGAGCUCAGGAAUCAAUAUGUGACUCUCCAUGAUAUGAUCCUGAAGAACAUUGAGAAGAUUAAGAAACCCAGAAGCAGCAACUCUGAAGCUCUUUACUGACAACCCCUACAAACACACACACACACACACACACACACACACACACACCAACACCAACAUCAUCAGCUGUAGGUCUAACAGUACUGACCAGUAAUUUCCAGCAUGUUUUGGAGUACCUGGUGGUUUUACAACCUCUGGAUGAUUCAUGAGGUAUCAAAUAAGCUGGUAAAUGGUGCUCACUGUUGUGUAUAUAUAAAACCCUAUCCAACUGGGUCUCUCACACACCAACACACACAUUGCAACUACACCUCCCUGAGCUGUCCACAGCUGUGGUUGGGAUCCUCCUCCAUUUUUGGUUUAGGCCUUACUCUGCAGCCACCAACAUGCUCUCUGACAUCUAACCUUUUAGCUGUCCAGUGCUCUGGAACCUGACAUCAGACUGUUUUCCCAUUAGUAUUGUGACAAAUCACUGUUGUCACAAAGACCACCUACAUAGCCUGUCUCCCAUCUGCUGCUCAGCUGGGACUGAAGUUCAUAGGCUCCUGCUGUUUUCUCUUCCUGUCUGGGUAUUGAGAGUCUUCUGGAUGCUGUGCCUUCCAGGAUUUAUCAACAGCUCUUAAAUGUUUUUUUUUUUCCUCCUUUUUUUCCUUGGGUUUCUUUUUUAGCUCUCUGCCUUACCCACCCAGGCAAAGUUCCCUUUGUUCAGUAGUUGCCCCUGCCCCUCAAACAUUCUGUGUACAUCGCUGAAGAAUAUGGACUUUCACAAUGCAACUCUGCUUAGUCCUCUCCUGGCCUUAUAUUGCUCAAAUAGAAUACGGACAGCUUUUCUCACUGCUUCAGGAAGCAGCUGCGAUUGUUUGCAUAUAUAUACAUUUUUUUAUGGAGCUUUUUUGUUCCUGACAUGGAGAUCCUUCUUCUUUGUUUUUUUGGUUUUGUUUUUUGUCAUAUAUUUAUGUCUAGUGACAUAAGUGAAUGCUGUUGCACCUCCUGUGCAGAUGUGGUGGCAUUACAUUCAUCCUCAGUAAUGUGCCUCUAUGCAUCUGUCUUUAGUGAACAAGCAGGCUUGAACUGGAACUUAGAACAGUCCCACACAGCAAUUGGGACUGGGAUCAUGUGAUGAUAUGUAUUCAGAUAUAUUUUUUUAAAUACAGAAACUGUGUUGCUGUUUUAUUUUGGCUUUGAAAGGCCCUGUACACCCAUGCUACACCCACACAGAUGUACUUAUUUUUUUUUUUUUUUUAGAGUAAGACUGAUUCACUGCUGGCAGUGAACUGACCCUGCCUUAAUUCUCUUUGCUCUUGAGUUACCUCAGACAAAAUCUGGAGUCUUUUCAACACGAUCAUCAGUUUUCACCUGUUUUAUUGUGUAGUGCAGAAUAAAGAUUGAUUUUUCAUUUCAUCCUAUCAUUCGAUAAUGAAAACUGACACUUUGAAAAUCUUGUGCAACUCAACAGUAGUAUGGAAAAUGAUACUGAAGUGAGGGACCGUCUUCAAAGUACAUGCGAAAUGUGGUUUUAUCCAGCUUUUAUUUAAGUUUUUGAGUGAAACAGGUUUUUAAGCAAACGAAUAAAGGAACAUGCCAGUUACGGCUGUCACCUCAAAA